CUAAAUAUUAUUCACAUAUUACUCACAAAUAUUUAGUUACUACAAAAUUUUUUGCAUAUUAAUUGGUCACGAAUUCCAGAUAAUAACUUGAUAGGUAUUUUUUUUAAAUUGAAACAUGUGUUGCAUUAGUCGGUGGUAGAUAAUAUUUCAAAAACAUUUUUCAAAACACCUGCACCGAUAGAAAAUGUUAUUUUUAUAGCUUUACAGGCGUGACAAAAUGUAUUUCAGAUUGGUUUGUCUGCUGUUAGCCACACUUGGAUUAGCAGCAACAGAAUUAUUGCACUUUAAUGAACACAAGGUUUCCGAAUCAGAAAUCAAAAUUUAUUUCUACUGCAAGGAAAUAGAAAACCCAACUUUAGUAGACAUAUCAGAUCCCAAAGACUUGGCAAAGACUUAUUUUUCCAAGCAUAAAGGCACUUAUUUCUAUUUCCAUGGAUUCCAAGAAGACCCUCGUCUACCAGGAAGUACUGCUCAAAAAAUAGAAGGGUACAUAUUAAACAAUUUCGAUGUCAAUUUCUUUCUGGUCGAUUGGAGUCUCAUAGCUAAAGUUCCUAGCCAAAUUCAUUAUGCUGCCGUGGUUAAUAAGCUGGAAGCCGUUGGAGAAAUUUUGGGAAGAAGACUAAAAAGUUUUGUUACAAAUAAUGGAUUGAGUUUUGACAAUAUUCAACUUGUUGGACAUUCAUUGGGAGCACAUCUGGCUGGUAUUACUGGACGUGUUGCAGGAGGGCAGUGUUUUCAAGUUUUAGGUCUUGAUCCUGCAGGACCAGCGUUUACACCUUUCAAAACAUCAAAUCGUUUAUCAACAGAUUCCGGAAAAUACGUCCAAGCAAUCCACACCAAUGGUGGCUUACUGGGUUAUCUGCCACCAUUAGCACAUUCUGACUGGUAUCCCAACGGUGGCAUCGAGCAGCCUAUGUGCGUCACUCAUAAUUUUAGUUUUUUCAAAACUGCCAUAAUUCCAGAAGGUUCUAAGGCUGUGAAAUGUGCUCAUUCCAUGGCUGUAGAGUUUUAUUUAGAAUCUCUUUGUACGAGGAAUUUUGUAGCAAAAACUUGUGAUCUAUAUAAAGAUUAUAAAAAUGGAAGAUGUUGGAUAGGGAAACAAGCUUGGAUGGGAGGAUACUUUUUAGACACAUCAGCCCAUGGCACAUACUACGUAGAUACCAAUGUUCAAUCACCGUAUGCUAGAGGUUAAAAUGAUUUCGUGAAAUUGAAGA